AUGGCGACGAUAGACAGCUCAGUCAAGAGCUUGGUCGAGAAGUCCUACCCUCAGGCCAAGGAUGCUGGCGAGGACCCGGCCAAGCUCUCCUCUGCCAUCUUCUCCUCUGUCGAAUACACACCCUCCGAGAAAGCUGAGAUCGAGCAAUGGGUCAUCACUUCCUCCCACAUCGCAUCUACAAACGAAGACAGUGCCAAGACGGCCGAGCGCCUGUCUCACCUCAACACCCACCUCUCCAGCCGAACCACUUUGCUGGGAUCGAAGCCUAGUCUGGCUGAUCUGGCUAUCUACACUCGUAUCGCACCCCUCGUCAAGAGCUGGACGCCAGAGCAGCGGACAGGGGAGCAGGGAUAUCACCACAUCGUACGACAUCUCGACUUCGUCCAGAAUGCGCCCCUCUUCGAUCUCAAGCUGGACGACAAGGUGGACAUUGACCCUACGAACGUCGUUGCACCCAUCAAGCCGAUAGACGCAAAGGCUGAGAAGGAGCGGAAGAAGAAGGAGAAGGCUGCGGCUGCUGCGGCGGGAGCAGACGCGGCGGCGGCAGCUGGUGGUACGGUGACUUCAGCUGCAAGUGAGGACACAAAGGCGGCAGAAAACCAGAAGCCCAAGAAGGGGAAGGCCAAGGAUCUUGGUGAUAAGGUCGCUGAGGCUGUUGGAGCAUCAGUACCUGGCGAGAAGAAGGAGAAGCCAAAGAAGGAAAAGCAGCCCAAGCAACCGAAGAAUGCACCUGCACCGGAGAAGCCUUUCUCGCCUGCAUUGAUCGAUCUACGGGUUGGACAUAUCCUCAAAGCAAUCAACCACCCCAACGCUGAUUCUCUCUAUGUCUCCACCAUCGCAGUGGGCGAUCCUCCAGGCACUGAGAACACAUCCGAAUACGAGGGCAAGGUCGUGCGGACUGUGUGCUCAGGUCUGAAUGGUCUCGUACCUCUGGAGGAGAUGCAGGGCAGGAAGAUUGUCGCCGUCUGCAAUCUCAAGCCCGUCACCAUGCGAGGCAUCAAGUCUGCGGCUAUGGUCCUCGCAGCAUCUCCACGACUAGCACCUGGCGAGGAAGACCACCACGCUGGACCCGUCGAGCUCGUCAAUCCUCCCGCAGACGCAGAGGCAGGCGAGACGGUAUACUUCGAGGGUUUCGAGGGCGAGCCAGAGCCUGUUCUGAAUCCCAAGAAGAAGGUCUGGGAUGACUGCCAAGUCGGAUUCACCACUACCGAGGAGAAGGUCGUUGCGUUUGAGCCUACCAAGGUUGAGAAGUUGAAGGAGAGCGACAAGAAGGAGGUGGCGUUGUUGAAGACGAAGCAGGGAACGUGCACUGUCAAGACGCUUACGAAUGCCACUGUGCGGUAG